CUGAGACCCCUAUAGCCCGAAGAAGGUCACUUCUGGGGCCCCUGAAAAGAUGUCAGCAGGGGCCCCUGACCCUGGGCUUGAAAAAAAGAGUUUCACUUUCAGGGGCCCUUCCGGGUCUCGAAAGCUCUUUUUUCCGGUCUUUGAAGGUUACUCACUUUAACUUAUGACUUCUUUUUUGAGGUGCCUCUACUGGCCCUGCAGCCGGGAGAAGGUAACUUCAGGGGCGGGGCCCCUGAAAAGAUACCAGCAGAGGCCCCUGCGUCUGCAACUGGCCCAUUAUUAUUAUUACUAUUAUUUUAUUUUUCGAAGUCAACUUCAUCUCUCCCACCCUUCACAUUCGAAGGGAGCAGCGGAGGGGCCCCAUAACUCGGCUCCUGUUACAAAGCGAAAGCUAUGAGGGGGGGAGUUAUAGGGCCCAGAGCCUUAUCUGCAGAAAAUUGGACACCUUUGUGAUUUGCUUAUCUUGCUGCAGGCACUCGAUUGCUCCGAGCUGACGUCUCGGGCAAUGCGACAGGUUGAAAUGUGCAAAGUGCUUCCGGACGCGCUGCGAAAGAGUUUCAUGUCACCUGAUGGAUGACUGAUGUAACAGUUUAUGAGUUAAAGAUGGUUUGGUAUUUUUUCUCGUGAGUGUUGUGUGUGUUAUUCUAUUUAUUUUUAACAUUUAUUCACCAAAAUUGAUUGGAAAUAUGAAACGGUCCAGCCACAAAAGUGGCCAUUCAAAGAGGGAGGAAAAAAAGAAAAGAACUCUCGAAGCAGCUAAAGACUCCGCCAAUCUUCAAGCAUGGUUAUCUAAGGGCCCUCCUAAUGUUUCCCACUCAAAUGAUAAACUUGAGAUGCCACUAGAAAUAGAAUCUACUCGUAAAAAGCUUGAACGUGAAAAUAACACCUUCGAUCCGCAAAUGCAAGGACCAGCUGGGACAGCCUCUUCACAGGAGCAGCAGCAAAGGAUAAACGAACGUACAGGACUUUCGGAAAAUGAUAAUUCUGAAUUUCAUGUUGAAAGUAGCAGUCAUAACACUGAAAUGGAAGUUGAUGAUGACGCAGGAAACAGCAUUGAUGAAGUCUCAAAUUCUGACGAUGGUAGUAGUAGCGAAAGCGAUUCUGAGUCAAAAAUUGAAGACGGCUCUGAUAGAAGCAACGAUGAAGAAUCUGCAUCGGAUGAUGAGGGUGACGAGUGCGAUACUGAUUCCGAGUCAGAAACUUUGAAUUCAGCGGGUGAGAAUGACAUAAGGUCAGGUGAAAACUUCGCUGGUACUGGCCCUUCAACUGAUGAAGAACUGAUUUAUUUUAUACCUCCUCAAGAGAGUGACUCUUUAGAAAUAAAACAAGCUUUUCGAAAGCACCACCCCAUUCAACCUGUUAAUUUUAAGGGUAAAACUCCUUUUAACACCGGAAAAAUGUAUUACCGUGCUCUUCCUAACGGACAAAAUCAUCCUAGAGCAUGGUUAUCAUAUUCGGUUGGACUGAAUCAGGUUUUUUGUGCUAACUGCAUGGCAUUUGGGAAUUCAAAAUCAAAAUUUCGCACGGGCUGUAAACUUGAUAUUAAAAAUAUUUACCAGGAUGUGGAGCGACAUGAAAUGUCAGAAGAACAUAAAACAGCAACAUCGGCUACUUUUAGGGCCUGUCAAAAUCUAAGUAUCGAUCACGCGAUCAAUCGAGACUUGGUGUCCAAACGAGUCAAAGAGAUUGAAGUACGUCGGCAAGUUGUCUCCCGACUAAUCGACAUAACUUUGUUUUUAGCGCGACAAGGUCUGGCGUUUCGAGGUACAAAAGAGUCGGCUUAUUCUUUAGACACAGAAGAGAGCCAUGGAAAUUUUUUGGAAUUGGUUUUAUUGUUAGCGGAAUACGAUCCAAUUCUGAAAGAGCAUGUUAAGAGGAGCAUUGAGUUAAGUAAACAGCGUAAGAGAAAACAGAAAAAGAAGAAAGGUCGGGGCUCUUUAGUAACUUUCUUAUCCAAAACAUUCAUUAAUAAAUUAAUAGUAGUCUUAGGAAAUGCUGUUCAACAGCAAAUUUUUAAGGAUUUAAAAGAUACCAAAAAUUUUAGCAUCAUGUUAGACAGUACGCAGGAUGUUGCAGUAAUGGACCAGCUUGCCAUUUGCGCAAGGUACGUCAAAAAUGACGCUCCCUGUGAACGACUGAUAAAUCUAGUUAUUUGCCAAGAUUCAACGGGUGAAGGUUUGUUCAACCUUCUCAAACGUGAAUUUGACACGUAUGGGUUGCUACUUUUAGAUGUCAUAGGAUGCUCUUUUGAUGGAGCUAGUAAUAUGGCCGGCAUUUACGAAGGUCUACAGGCUAAAAUUAAGAGUGUGAACUCUAAUUUUAUUUACACUCAUUGUAUGGCCCAUGUACUAAAUUUAGUGAUAACAGAUUGUACAGCUAAUUUUGAACUUCUUGAGGAUUUAUUAGGGCUUGUGCAAGACUCCGCAGUUUUUUUGUCAAAUUCUCAUAAAAAGAUGGACAUAUGGAGACAGCAAACAGGCAAACGCCAUAAAAAACACGACAAAUUGUACACUCUGCACAAAAUUGGGGCAACCAGAUGGUGGAGUAAGCACAAAGCUAUAAAAGCUCUGUUUGGAAACAUUGAUGAUGACUUUGAGUCCUCAAAGUUUGUUACAUUUUUUUUAUUUCUUUUAGAGGUUAUAGACAGUAAUUUUGAUGGAACCGCAAAAUUUAAAGCACGUAAUUUAUUAAGUAACUGGAGCAAAUUUCAACAUAUUUUUUCAGCAAUAGUAAUUUUGGACUUGUUUGAAAUGACUUCGCCGGUCUCCACUUUCCUGCAGUCUAAAAAUUUGGAUUACUUACAAGCUUGGAAUGUCGUAGAUCAUCUUAUAAGUCAAUUAAGAGCCCGUCGAAACGACAAGUAUUUUGAAAUACUUUAUGAUAAAGCCAAGAACUUUGCAAAAAAAAUAAAUGAAGGCUUUUCCAAAAAUAAAAUUAUUUUUCUGGAAGAGGACUUUCCGCAAAAACGUGUCCCAUUAAAAAACAAAUUUUUUGAUGAAAAAGCACACGAUGAGGCGCGGAAUUUAAGUAUUUUAGAGUCACAGCGAAAAAAGUUUUUUGAGGUCUACGAUGCUGUUUUAGGCAGUUUAGAAAGAAGGUUUGUGCCCAAUAAAGAGUUAUUGUCCGACAUUUCGUGGCUUAACCCCAAAAAUUUCAAGACUAUUCAAAACCCUGGUUUUACAUUUCCUCCAGACACUUUUAAAGAAUUGAGUAAACUGGCUGGUGUUGACCAGAAUACUCUUACUUCAGAAAUGAAACAGUUUGCUGGUCUCUACGACAGUUUGAAGAGCAAGACACCAACAAGUUUCAGUGACUCAAUUCCAAAGUCAUCCAGUGGUGUGGAGGAGCUAAUGAUCUGGUUAAAGGAUAAUGAUGAUGAUUUAGAAUUAGACGAAGAAGAGAACGAAACAGAAGAAGUGAAGUCUAGGCCGCAGCCUGAUCCCUUAAAAAGAAAAGAACUUGAGGCCGAGGGUCAUUGUAUCCAUUGUGCAUUCAAAAUAUUAUAUGAAUUAACAAGUCAAACGAGCCUUUCAAAUAAUUUGUAUAUAGCUUACAAAUAUGUGCUUUCUUUACCUUGUACGCAAGUGACUUGCGAAAGAGUUUUUUCUAAGCUUAAAAUUUUAAAGGAUAGACUGCGGUCUCAGCUAGGCCAAGAUCUAUUGGCACCUCUCAUGAUGCUGUUUGUUGAGCGCGAUAUGACGCAACUUAUAGACAAAAAUCUUUGUAUUGAUUUGGUUGCUGCGACCAGCAAACUGUUAAAGCGCUUAUUAAUAGUGUGAGUUUAUUCCUAUAUGUAUUUUUUUCUUUUAUUUAUACACAAGUUUGACUUUGAAAUUUGAAAUUUCCUGAAUAAAAUUAUAAAUUCAAUUUGAUAACAUAUGUCAUUUUUGUCUUUAGCCUUGUGAUUUGCAGAUUCAUCGCCGAAUUUUUCAAAAAAUAUCUAAAAAAUAGGUGACAUUUUCGGAGGCGCUAUUUAUCAAAUUUCAAUGCGAAAAGAGCCUAAAACUUCUAUUUUCAGGGGUUAAAUUUUCAAAAUUUUCCGGGGGAGGACCCCCGGACCCCCCUCCAUCCCUGGGGGGCGACCCCCCAGACCCCCCAUAGGGGCCCAGUUUUUACGUCAGGGGCCCCAAAAUCCUAGUAGCUGCCUAACUUUUUUUACGCCAG